AUGGAAUUGGCCAGAACGAUUCUAGGAGUAGGUCUGCCCGAUGGAUAUUCGAAAGGAGCUGUCGCGGACACGCUUUCUGAAGAUGAAGAUGAAAGUGAAGUCUCUGAGGCCGUCACGGUCAGAGCCAAUCCGUCCGGUAGAGGGGGUAGCUACGCUCCAACACCGGGUGGGCCAUUUUCAGCUCUGAUUCCGUCGAUGUGGCCUCAGGACCUACUGGCGACGCUCGCUCAGCCCGAAGACGCUGGAUGUCACCACGAUUGCCGAUACGACGAGUUCGGUUUUCGGCUCGAUGAGGAGGAAAACUCGAUUAGGCAUUCGUCGCCAGGGAAGCAGAACGCGACCUCCCAGAACACCCCCUUGGAAUAUCCUCACCAUAGAGACGACUGGAUCGCAUACCUAGAGUUCGCGCAUUCAGAUAAUACCGCGGCUGAACUGACAUGGGAUCAGGUGGAUAGAUAUCUCGACAAAACGGAUAAACUCAACUCGAUGAUCGCCGAGAAAGGAAUUCCGCACUCAUUAAGGCCACAGUUAUGGAUGCGUCUCUCGGGAGCGUACCGGAAAAUGGAUGCAUCCGACCUGAAUUAUCACGACAUAGUGAAAGCUUCUGCUGGCGAUCAUCAGAUGACUUCGAAGCAGAUCGAGAAGGACCUGCUUCGGACUCUACCGAACAACGUCUGCUUCGCCCGGAAAGAUGCAACAGGCAUUCCACGUCUCCGACGCGUCCUACGCGGAAUCGCGUGGUUGUAUCCAGACAUCGGAUACUGCCAGGGGAUGGGCAUGGUAGCUGGAACCCUGUUGCUAUUCCUCGAAGAAGAAGAAGCUUUCUGGAUCCUUUCCACCAUCAUCGAAGACCUGUUGCCGCCGUCGUACUUCGCCACAACGCUGCUUGGUGUACAGGCCGAUCAAAGAGUGCUACGAACGUUGAUAGGAACACAUCUCACACAGCUGCACCUGUUGCUACUGGACCACGACAUUGAACUGAGUCUGAUCACCCUGCAAUGGUUCCUUACGGCUUUUGCCUCCGUCCUCAACACCAGAUGCCUCCUGCGAAUAUGGGAUCUUUUUUUCCACGGGUCUCUCGUCCUCUUCCAGGUGUCGCUCUCGCUACUACGAAGUAAACAGUCCGAAUUCGUGAAACUAGAGAAUUCGGCGCAGAUUUUCAACGCGCUCUCGGCGCUUCCCGGUGAAAUCGAGCCAGCGAAACUCGAACAACUCAUUCGCGAGAGUCAGAAAUUCGAGCUUUACCAGGAAAACAUCGACCAUCUCCGCAGAAGACACCUCGCGUAUCUCAUGGCAGAUCAGGGAACUCUGCUCAAUCCAGAAAGUGUCCACAAUUUACCGAAACAGCAUCUUACAAGACGCCGAGUCAAACGCAACAAGACCGUCAUUCAGGUCAUCCUUGGAGGCGACAUGGCUGACGAUCAGAAGGAAGAGAGCGUUCGAACGAAAAACAUAAAACAGACGGAAAUUCUCGUCGACCUUAGAGAAGCCAUCCUCCAAAUUGCUCGACACUUCACCUCGUUGGAUCCGAAAAUACAAAUCAAUUUAACUGCCGAUUACUCGAUGGAAUCUCAUUCGAAAGACCAUCAAAACUUUGCCCUGAGCACAUCCGCCAAACCGAAGCGCGCUAAAGCUCUCCUUGAUUUCGAGAGAACCGAUAACGAUGAGCUCGGUUUCAAGAAGAACGAUAUAAUUGUUGUUGUGAGUCAACGCGACGAGCACUGUUGGACGGGUGAGCUGAAUGGAUGUCGAGGUUGGUUUCCAGCCAAGUUCGUGAAGCUGCUCGACGAGCGCUCGAAGCCCUACUCGCUCGCGGGCGAUGACACCGUCACGGAAGCGGUGACCGACCUGGCUCGAGGAGUCUUGUGUCCGGCCAUGAAGGCUGUCCUAGAGUACGGACUCCGGAGACCAUCGUUUGGCCAGCUGUCCAUGCACCCCUGGCAAUUCAUCGAAGAGGUUGCGAGUCGACAAGUCGAGAAGGAUCUGAAUUCCGUUUACUCUCGACUCGUGCUGUGUAAGACAUUCCGCCUAGAUGAAGAUGGAAAGGUCCUCAGUCCUGAAGAAGUUCUCUUUCGGUCCGUGCAAGCAGUGAACGUGACACACGAUGCGGUCAACGCGGCGAUGGACGUCAAGCUGCGUACGCUUGUCUGCAUCGGUCUUAAUGAGCAAUUGCUCCACUUGUGGUUCGAGGUGCUCUGCUCCAGGAUCGACGUCGUGCAAAAAUGGUACCAUCCGUGGUCUUUUGUGAAUUCUCCUGGCUGGGUGCAAAUCAAGUGCGAGCUAAGGCUCCUCAAUCAAUUUUCUUUCAAUCUGAGUCCCGAUUGGGAACUUCCGUCGAAAGUUGCUCCGUCUCAAGAACCUCUCAGAGAGGGCGUUCGUGAUAUGCUAGUAGAACAUCAUCUCUUCUCAUGGGACCUCUGAGACGAUCUCAUGAUCGAGCUGAUUCAUCUAUCAAUCCUGCGGAUUGCUGUUCAAUACAUGUUCAACAAGUAGUGAACCAACUUUGUUUUAGUCGAAAACUCUGUCGACGAAAAUUCGGAAAGUUACGUUCCCACUAUUUGAGAUGUUGCAACCCUCUCACCUCAGGAAUUCGCAGAGAAUUCCGUGUCCUGUGAGAAACUGUAAAUCUUUGUUGAUAAGCUAUACACUUCGUCAGCGCAGAGAGAUCUACUCUGCGGACUCCUGACGCUGGAGAGCCAGUGCUCUCGUCUCUGACUCAUUUAUGUCCACCGAUUUGUUGACGAUUGU